AUGCCAGGUAUUCCAGGUGAAAUAACUACACCAGAAUCAAAUCAAGCUGUUCAGACAAAGGGUAAAGGAAAGGCCGCUGAAGAGGAAGUGAAUGCCACGAAAAGUUCCUCAUCAGCAAAGUUAUCCACAAACGAAUAUCAAUUGAAAGCGAUUGAAUGGGCUGGUUCAGUAGGUGGUGAACCCCGGAAGUUAAAGAUCAUCACUCAAAAUGGCAAUGUAUUGAUUUUACGUGGUUCUAUCGAAAUUAAACCAUACGAUCGUUCAACUGUAACUUAUGAUUACCUUGUGGAAUUAUUGGGUGAUUACUUAUUCAAAUUAAUUCCGGAUAAAGAAGCUGAGGUAAUUAUCACUUUUAAUAAUCUAGUUAAUCACGCUUUUAUAUUAAUAUUUAAUUUUUCCACAAAGAUUCAAAAAGGGUUGCUUCAAUUGACAAUUGACCAAUCCUCACAAAAAGGUCAAAAUCAACAAGCUCAUUCUGCUGAUCUCUUAAAUGGAAUCGACGAAAACAAUCAAAAGACCGAUAAUGAUUCUAUCGCUCAAAUUACUAACAUUACUAACGCCACGAGACCAUCUCUACAAGACUAUCAACACACAUUGAAUGCCGCCAUUUCAAUUAUUCCUAUAUUACAAACUGGCCUGGAUGUAAACGUUCGAUUCAAUUCUAUUCACGGUUUUGAACCUACCGCUGAACUUUCCGUAUUUGACAUCUUUGGUGUGGAAUUAGUUCAUGGUUGGGUGGUUGACCCUCAGGACGAAGAAACAUGGAAUGUUGUAGUCGGAAAGUGUGGAAGCUACAACAAAGCUGUUGAAUGUGUUGUGGGCGGUGACUCUGUGAGUAAAGGUGUCGUUCUGGAGAGCUCAGAUGGUGUUUCUAAUAUAGAUUUUGAUAAAUCUGAGAGAUCUGCUAAUGCUAUGGAAAAUGUUAGAGUCAGAGAUGUUGUAUGGGAAUCGCUUAUUGACGUAGAUCAAAGCGCUUCUGAAUUCGUUAAUGGUCAAUUUCGUAAAGGCGAAAUCAGUGGUGGUGAUUACGUUGGUGUGACGGAUAAUGAAGCGCAUGGGGGUGGAGAUCAAGAUCUCCAACAGCAAGAGGAUGAACGUGAAACGGAAUUCCGCAGAAAACAACAACAGCGCCAGGAAGAUUUGCAACGACAACAAAGACGACAAAAUCGCCCAUAUGAUCAAACGUCUAUUGGUAGCUCGAUUGCAACAGAAACGUCUGAAAAGGAAAGAAGAAAAGAUAGAGAGAAAAGAACUAGUUGCUUUAUUUCAUGA